GAAGCUGUUAUCAACUCUUCACGUUAAUAUUUCAUUUUCGAAAUUGAUAAUGAAUGGUGGUACCCACACGCUUCGGUAUUAUUUCAAAUAGUGUUUAAAUGUGUCAGACGUGUGAAACAUGAACAUGAAACUGUAUAAUAAAUUAUACGUACCUACCAAGGUUGCGGGAUUCCAUAUCACCCGUGUUAAUUCUGCAGCCUUUGAGCGUUGUACGCCGAAUAGUUAGAUAAUAUGCUCGCGUUAAAUGUGCACCGCUUCAUCCGUGUCAGUUGUACAUUCCAAUUUCGUCGGCGUAGGAAUAUCUACCUUCCGAACACGAGUCGAAAAUAAAUAUUAAUCGAUAAUUGGUCAAACACCUACGAUUACUAAUUAACUUACUGACUUCUGUUCUCACGUACAUUAUAUUAAUGAUGUAUUUGGACAUGGAUGACUUGGUGACGUCUAGUAUAAUUGCUUUUUUAACUGCGAGCAUAGUGUUCAUUUUGAGUAUUAAGGUGUUCAGAUCAUUCUUCAAUGGUAAUGUUGCCGAUAAAAGCUUGUCAUCCCAUAUAUGGGUUGAGAAACCCACAUAUAUAGUUAGUGACCCUAAUGCCUGUGUUGUUUGUGAAACAUUAACACAUGGAUCAAAAGUGCGCUACUGUGAUAGUUGUAGAAUUUUUGUUGAUUUGGGUUGCAUAAAAAAAGCUGACAAACAAAUAUGUUGUAAAAUGCUGAGUACCAACAGACCCUUAAAAGAAUUCACUCAUCAUUGGAACAAGUCUCUGUCAGUUGAUGUUAUGUGUUCUGUUUGUUCUUCGGAUGAUGAAACUGAUAAUAUUCUUGGACAAUUUUUUCAAUGUAUAUGGUGCCAGAAAUUUGUGCAUGAAAAGUGUGUAAUUCAAUUUGAACAAAAAUGUGAUUUUGGAGUACAUCGAAAUUAUAUUAUACCACCAUUUUGUAUAAAAACAAGUAAUAGGUUUAAAAAUGUAUCUAAACAAACCAUUGAAAAAGUAGUUCAUCCUGGUUGGGAAAAUUGGACACCAUUAAUAAUAUUUGCAAACAAAAAAUCUGGUAAUAAUGAUGGAGCUCUAAUAAUAUCACAUUUCCGACGUUUAUUGAAUCCCAUUCAAGUAUACGAUGUGAUUGAUUGUCCUCCAGAAAAAGCUUUGGUAUGGCUAAAAAAUACACAAUUAGAAUGUAUUUACGUAUUAGUAGCUGGUGGUGAUGGAACGGUAGCUGGUAUAUUGAAUGGCAUCCAUAAUUUAAAAUUAAAAGUUGAUCCUGCUGUAGGAAUUAUACCACUUGGUACAGGAAAUGACUUGUCCAGGGUUUUAGGGUGGGGAACUUCUUAUUCUGAUUUAGAUUGUUCUGUCAUAUUUGAUUUUCUCAACAAUGUUUCUAUUAUAAAAUUAGAUAGGUGGAAAGUGAACAUUAUGUCAAAUGUGUUGAAGAAAAUAAAAAUAACUAACACUAUUACAAUGUAUAAUUACUUGGGUAUUGGUUUGGAUGCUCAGAUAACAUUAGACUUUCAUCGUACUAGAAAAUCACCAUUGUACUUAUUUAAUAGUACAUUGUUCAAUAAGAUGAUUUAUGUUGGAUGUGGCACUCAACAAUUUCUUGAACAUCAGUGUCAGGGCUUACCUGAUAUGAUCGAGCUGUAUAUGGAUGGCAGAAAAAUUACUUUACCAGAUAUUGAGUCUAUCGUCAUAGUCAAUAUUGAAUCUUGGGGUGCUGGUGUAAAUUUGUGGCAAUUAGGAGCUGAUGAUGGCAAUGAAUUUGGAUCACAGUUCAUUGAUGAUGGAAAGUUAGAAGUGCUUGGUGUACGAUCUUCAAUACAUAUCGCACAAUUAAAAAUAGGAAUUGCUAAACCUAUUAGAAUUGGUCAAGCAUCUAUGAUUAGAGUGAAAUUAUUGCAAAAGUUACCAGUUCAGAUAGAUGGUGAGCCUUGGCUUCAGCCAAAAUGUGAGAUUGUGCUCCAGAGGACUAAUCAAGCUACAGUGUUGAAGUUGUCUAACAUAAUUUAAUAAAAGAUAAGCUGAUAAUUGUAUGGCUAAUAUUCUUAGACAAUGGAAACUGAAAAUUGUAAUCGUUUCAUACAUAAGAAUCCUCAAAAUUAUUAUUUUCUAUUUAGUAAGACUUGAAACUAUGCCUGCAUAUCAAGUUAUCAUAAAAUACUAUUUUAAGAGUAAAAACUAAAAAGUUAUUAAAUACCUAAUACUGAACUAUUUAUACUAUUUGAAUGAUAAUUAUA